CGGUACCGGGCCGGUCUGCAGACAGAAAGCGCAAGAAAGAGGCGGUUUCCGGUCCCAACAAACGGGCCAGAAUGGAGAAGCCCGACCUGGCCUUGCACGAGGACGACAUCUACUUCGAGAGCGACCUGCCCAUCUCGGAGUCGGGUCCGUCGAGCGAGGUGCCCUCGGGUGACGAGCUGCACCGGCCGGCCGCCGCCUCCAGCAAGCACAAGCUGGCCGCGCCCCGCUGGAAGAAGAAGAAGUACCUCACGGCCGGCCUCUUCUCCGACUUCUACAAAGUGGAAAGUGAGUCGGAGCGGCCGGAGCUGAACAAGUCGCGCCUCUUCUACGAGCCGUCCGAGCACCCACACGGCCUCCUGCCGCCGCCCUGCUACGAAGAGAAGUGGCUGCGCCAGCGGCUGCGCGACUUCACGCUGCCCUACGACCUCUGGUGGCUGCAGGCCAACGCCCAGCUGCCCGGCCGCGACACGGUCGCCUCCUGGAACUACAAGAAGCUGCGCACCAACUACUACUUCGACGUGAAACCGCCGCCGUACCGCGAGGCGGAGACGUGCUCAUGCCGGCCGCCAGUCGACCCGCAGCGGCCCGGCUGCGGCGACGACUGCAUCAACCGCGUCAUGUUCGUCGAGUGCAGCAGCUCGUCGUGCCCGUGCGGCGACCGCUGCGACAACCAGAGGAUCCAGCGCCACCGCUGGACGCCCGGGCUCGUCAAGUUCAUGACCGGAGAGAAGGGCUGGGGCAUCAUGACCAAGCGGCCGAUCCGGGCCGGCACCUUCAUCCUCGAGUACGUGGGCGAGAUCGUCAGCGAGAAGGAGUUCAAGCGGCGCAUGCAGACGCGCUACAUCAACGACCAGCACCACUACUGCCUGAACCUGGACCGUGGCAUGGUCAUCGACGGCCACCGCAUGGGCAGCAUCGGUCGGUUCGUGAACCACUCGUGCUCGCCCAACUGCGAGAUGCAGAAGUGGGAGAUGAACGGCCUGCACCGGAUGGCGCUCUUCUCCCAGACUGACAUCGCGGCCGGCACCGAGCUCACCUACGACUACAACUUCUCCCUCUUCAAUCCGGCCGUGGGCCAGAAGUGCCACUGCGGCUCGCCGGACUGCCGUGGCGUGAUUGGCGGCCGUUCUCAACGCGUCGGCCCGCCGCCGCCCAAGCCGCCACCGCCCGGGCGUGGGCGGGCGCGCGAGCGCCGUCUCUCGGUCAGCUCGGAGCAGCCCGAGUCGGUGUGCCGCGAGCCCCAGACGCUGCCCGUGCGUCCGCUCUCGGCGCGUGACGUCCGCUUCAUCCGGCUGCACCGCUCCUUCCUCGUCCGCAACUACGAGAAGAUGCGUCGCCAGCGGGACCGGCUGCCGGACUCGGUGCGCACCCGCCGCCUGGCGGCCGCCGAGGAUGACCCGCUCAAAGUGCGCCAGCUCAGGCUGGCGCACAUCCUCAAGGAGAUCUACCAGGCGGUGGUGGCCUGCAACGGCGACAAGCUCGACCCGAGCCCGAUCGAGGCGCUGACGCUGCCGCGCAAGCCGAGCGUCGAGCCGGCCGACGCCGAGUCGGUCUCGCUGCUGCCGGAGCCGCUGGGCAUCGCCGAGAUCGAGCGGCGCAUCGUCACCGGCCAGUACCGCUCGGCCGACGCGUUUGACCACGACUUCCGGCGGCUCUUCACCACGCAGCUGCGCGCGCACGGCCGCUGCUCGCCGGUGGGCGCGGCCGUGCUGCGGCUCAAGCACAAGUACGCCGAGUUCAAGACGGUCAUGAUGAGCCAGAUCCAGGAGAUCCUCGGCGUGACGCCGAGCAGCUUCCGGCCGCCGGCCAAGCGGCGCCAGGACAGCGGCCUCGACGGCGAGGAGGACACGAUCCGGUGCGUGUGUAACCUGCACCGCGAGGAGGGCCUCAUGAUCCAGUGUGAGCGCUGCCUCAUCUGGCAGCACUGCGACUGUGUGGACGCCGACCCGGCCGUCGAGAGCUACGUCUGCGAGCUGUGCGAGCCGCGCGACCUCAGCCCGGAGGUGCGUCUGAAGCCGCAGCCGGAGGACGCCGAGCCUGGCCUGGUCUACUACCUGUCGCUGGUGCGGGACGACCUGCAGGUUCGCCAGGGCGACUGCGUGUACAUCAUGCAGGGCAACAUGGUGAAGGCGGCGCAGGAGGCGGGCAUGGUGCCCUACAAGUACAUCACGCGUCUAGUGCCGGAGGACCUGCUCAUCUUCCGGGUGGAGAAGCUGUGGAAGGACGAGAGCGGCGCACGGUUCGCCUUCGGCUAUCACUACUGCCGGCCUCAAGAGACAUACCACGAGCCGACGCGCAAGUUCUACCCGAAGGAGGUGAUGCGCUCGCCGCUGUACGAGGUGGUGCCGCUCGAGCUGGUGGUGGGUACCUGCUGGGUGCUGGACGCCAACACCUACUGCAAGGGCCGUCCGGUCGGCGCCCAGGAGCAGAGCGUCUACAUCUGCGACUACCGGGUGGACAAGUCGGCCAGGCUGUUUGCCAAGAUCAACAAGAAUCGACACCCGAUCUGCACCAAAGCCUUCGCGUUCGACACGUUCGAGACGCGCCUGAAGAUAUCUAGGACGUUCACGCCGCACGCCGAGGAGGUGGCGAAGAAGAUCAACACGGAGAAGGCCAAGGCAAAGAAAAGGGAGGAGGCGCAGGCGGUGCCCAAGCCGGCCAAGCCCAAAGCGGCCAGGGACGUGUCCAGGCACGCGGCGCUGCCGCCCAAGCCGGAGACGCCGGAGGAGAAGCACGCGCGUCAGUACCGGCGCUUGGACGGUGUGCUGCUGCGCCUGCUGGCGCGUCUGCCCGGCCCGGCCGUCGACAUCUCGCACCUGCUCGACUCGGGGUGA